AGGAUUUAUCGAAGGAUGUAUGCGAAUCAUUUGACAUGCGUAUUUUUCGUGCAUCAUGAUCCAGUGGGGCAAAGGACUUUCAAAUUUUUGAAUCAAAUAAUUGGUGUAAUAAGAAAAUUACUGAAAAUGGCUCCAACGAACAAUAACUCCGGCGAAUGUUGCGAUAAAUUGCAAGCAAAAAUUGAUGAAUGGCUUAAAUGGGAUCAGAAUGCCAAAACUCGUGCUGAAAUUGAGUCUUUGUCACAGCAAGGCAACUAUGCUAAAUUGGAUAAGUUGUUGUUGAAGCGCUUGGCAUUCGGCACCGCUGGAUUACGGGGAGUAAUGCAAGCAGGUUAUAAUGCAAUGAAUGAUUUGGUUGUAAUUCAAACAGCUCAGGGGCUUGCCAAAUACAUUAAAAAGUGUUUUCCAUCAUCGCAGCAGCAAUCAAACGGUGUUGUAUUUGGUUAUGAUGGUCGAUAUAACAGCAAACGUUUUGCUGAGCUAUCGUCCAGUGUAUUCCUCAACGAAGGCAUUCCAGUACAUUUAUAUGGUGAAAUGGUUGCCACGCCAUUUGUGCCGUUCGCUAUAUCGCACAUGAAUCUACUUGCCGGCGUUAUGGUGACAGCGUCACACAAUCCAAAAGAAGAUAACGGCUACAAAGUUUAUUGGAAUAAUGGUGCUCAAAUUAUCUCUCCGCAUGAUAAAAAUAUUCAAGCAUACAUUCUCGAUAAUUUGAAACCGUUACAGUCGUCAUGGGACUUGAGCAGCUUGAACUCACCACUUUUAAAUGAUCCAUAUCGUGAAAUGUUCGAUUUGUACUAUGAAAAACUAUUGGAAAAUAUUCCAAGCGUUGUCUUGAAUGAGAUCAAUGUAAACAGUGACACGCAAUUUGUUUAUUCAGCAAUGCAUGGCGUUGGAUAUCGAUAUGUAGAGAAGGCAAUGGAAAUUGCAAAUCUUAAGCCACUCCUCCCGGUCGAGGAACAGCGCAAUCCAGAUCCAGAGUUCCCAACUGUCAAGUUCCCAAAUCCAGAAGAAGGAAAAUCAAGUCUCACAUUAUCAUUUAAACUCGCUAACGAAGCCAAGUGCAACAUAAUAUUGGCCAACGAUCCAGACGCCGAUCGGCUUGCCUGUGCUGAAUUUAAUGAAAGUGAGUGGCAUGUUUUCACUGGAAAUGAAUUGGGCGCGUUACUUGGCUGGUGGGCAUUGGAGUGUUACAAAAUGCAAUCACCUGGAAAAGAUUUGAAAGAUUGUUAUAUGCUAGCAUCAACUGUUAGCUCGAAAAUGUUGAAAGCGAUGGCCAAAGCAGAAGGUUUCAAUUUUAUUGAAACACUGACCGGUUUCAAAUGGAUGGGAAAUAAAUCACAUGAGCUAAUCAAGGAGGGCAAAACGAUUUUAUUUGCUUUUGAAGAAGCCAUCGGUUUUAUGUUUGCCUCCACUGUACUUGAUAAGGACGGUGUGAGUGCUGCGUGUCACUUGGCAAGUUUGGUUUCGUUUCUAAAAACGAAAAAUCAAACACUGUACGGCAAAUUAAAUGAACUCUACGAAAUCUAUGGAUUUCAUUACACAAGCAACUCAUACUUCUUAUGCUAUGAACCGGAAACUAUAACAAAAAUAUUUGAACGUAUUCGAAACUUUCAACAUGCUCCAGACACCUAUCCAGCACAUGUGUGCAACGGAAAGUAUCCCAUAGCAACUGUACGUGAUUUGACGACCGGAAUCGAUACCUGUCAAAGUGACGGAAAAUCGUUGUUGCCUUCAAGUAAAAGCAGUCAAAUGGUUACAUUCACAUAUGAAAAUGGUGCUGUUAUUACAUUAAGAACAAGCGGAACGGAACCAAAGAUCAAAUAUUAUGCGGAGAUGUGCGCUAAUCCAGCGGAAAAAAAUUGGUUUGCAUUGAAAACCAUUUUACAUGAAAUGAUCGAAUCGACGGUCUCCGAGCUACUUCAACCAAGCGAAAAUAAUCUCACUCCACAAAGCGACAAAUAAUUUACAUGCACAUUCAUAUGAUCUGAUUGUCGCCAGUUUGGACGGUGCUUUUGAAAGAACGCACUUUCUUAUGAAUUGAUUGAGCAACGCGAGCACGUGUUCACACAGUUGAUAAUACCAUAAUAUUUAAUCAAAUGUACCAAAGUCAGACAUGUGUUUGUAUCAACACAAUUUAAUUGUCGAUCAAUCUAUUUAUUCUGUUUCAUGUCAAGCUAAUUGAGGCUUGUAACUAAAUAAAAUUCUAAUUUAUCUCGGCA